GCAUGAUUCUAGCGUCUGGUUAAUAAAGGUUUGACAUUAUCAUACAUAUAUAAAGGAAGUAUCAUUGAAAGAUGUAAACUCGUGAUCCGAUUCUUCUUUCCUACAAUUAAUCUUCUAAAAUCCAAAAUGCAUGCCCAAUACACCCCAUAUCUUUUUACCCUCCCCUUUUUCGCCUCCUAUUCGUCGCCUGUUCACGCAGUCCCAACAAAUUUCAACAUCACCGCCAUCACCGCCUCCAACAACAUCACUAUCUUCCAAUGCUGGCAACUUACCGAUCCCAUAAUCUAUAAAGAGCAGCCUGGUUAUGGUAGCGAGAUGAUCUAUCAGAAUCUGGGCGCGAUGGCAAAUGCAACUUUUGGAUAUCUGCCUGCUAAUUUCCCCGGCGCGGCUCAUGUAGCGCCUGCUUCACAAUAUGUGGUUUUCCUGUCGGGAGAAAUGGUCGUCACCAUACCCGAAACGAACCAAACGGCAAGCUUUAAAGCAGGCGCAAAUGGUAUUAUUAUAGAUGCAGAUACCCAAGAUGUAAGUGCGAAUGGACAUGUGACGGCGUCGUUGGAUGAACCGGUUGCGACGCUGCAGAUACCGUUUUUGGGGGGUGUGGCGCCAGGGUAUACGGUUUUGCAUGAGGGGGUUUGUGGGGAGGAGGAGUUGCAGUUCACGUGAAGAAGGGGGAAGACGGGCGAUGGUUUAUGCGGUUAUGGGGGGUUAGGAGGAGGCUUGAUUCGAGACGAUACAUAUCCUGUAUUGAAACUCUCUUGGUAUUAUCAUGGGGAUGAGUGAUAUAGCUUCGUUGGAAUAUCUUCUUAUGUUUUCUAAAUGGGAAGCGUAGGAGUUCCAGUUGCUGGACGGCUUCAUCUCGAAAAUCUGAUGAUCUAACCCCACCUUCUCUCCUUUUAACAGCGUGGCCCCUCUCAAUAUCUGAUGUGUUGCCUCUCAAUAUCCAACAACGUGUCGGAUAUUGAUCCCCUAUUACGCUGCGUGUUAGCGAGAAAGACCCGCUAUCUCUAUGUUUCUUGAUCAGACACCCUACUAUUACUUUCGAAGGUUUUACUGUUGUAAUGCUUUUGUUUUUGAUGCUCAUAGAAUCAUAGUAGCCAAGAAUGAUUA